UAUAGGACUUUAUAUUACGCAGUAGGAAGGAACCGGUUGUCCCGGUUUCCUGUUCGAGACAGAGCUUUUGAACUGAGAGAAGAUGAUACUGUUGCUUCAGACUCGGGAGGCUGUGCGUGCUAUAACGGGCUUCUUCUCCAGUGCUUCUAGCAACAGCAUAGGUUUUUGGUAGGACAAAAUAAAGUUUAAGGCUUUGAAUUAUGGGGCGCAUUCUUGCUUGAUCAUUUGCUCUCUCUAGACUGUCCUAGAGUACGAUACUGGUUCGCCAUAGGUCCAAAAGCCUGUCUCAAACUGUGGGGUUCACCAUCUUGUCUGUCACAAGAGUUCAACUACUUGAAGUAAGAAGCUAUUUUGGUUUUUGACUUUUGAGUGUAUUUUUGUGAGUGGGAAGUGAUAUUGAUUACCUUUUUGUGAGGAAAUGAUGAACUUAUGAGAUGGUGAUUCAACAAUAUGAAAUGGAAUUCGGGUUUCAAUUGGUGUUUUCUUAUUAUUAGAGUUGUGAGAAUUUGGUAUGGACAUAGCCAAGAGUGAUAGCAUUUGGGAGCCUUCAACUAGACCCUGCAAAUGUUACUCAGCUUCGAUCUUGACUGAAACAAUUUUGGACUCAACUCAGACUUCAAAUUUUAAGGACCGAUAUAUUCUUGAGGAGCAAUUAGGAUGGGGGCAAUUUGGCAUAAUUAGGGCAUGCUUGGAUAAGUUGACUGGUGAGGUGUUGGCUUGCAAGUCUAUUGCUAAAGAUAGGUUGGUAACACUGGAUGACGUGCGCAGCGUCAAGCUUGAGAUUGAGAUUAUGACUAGGUUAUCUGGACAUCCAAAUGUUGUGGAUCUCAAGGCAGUUUAUGAGGAUGAGGACUACGUGCAUCUUGUGAUGGAGCUUUGUGCAGGUGGAGAAGUUUUCCAUCGCCUUGAGAAGCACGGGAGGUUCUUUGAGUGUGAGGCUAGAGAUCUUUUUAAGCAACUGAUGCAAGUGGUUAUGUAUUGUCAUGACAAAGGUAUUGUUCAUAGAGAUUUGAAGCCCGAGAACAUUCUCUUGGCAACAAAAUCGUUCUCCUCACCCAUUAAGUUGGCAGACUUUGGUCUUGCAACCUAUAUCAAACCAGGGCAGAAUUUGAAUGGUACUGUUGGGAGUCCAUUUUAUAUAGCUCCUGAGGUGCUGGCAGGCAGUUAUGACCAAUCUGCUGAUGUGUGGAGUGCUGGGGUUAUUCUUUACAUUCUUCUCAGUGGGAUGCCUCCUUUUUGGGGGAAGACGAAAUCAAAAAUCUUUGAUGCUGUUAGGGUUGCAGAUUUACAGUUCCCUUCUGAACCUUGGGAUCAUAUUUCAGCAACUGCCAAGGACUUGAUCACAAGAAUGCUAGGUGUAGAUCCUUCUAAGAGGCUCACUGCUAAAGAGGUCCUAGCUCACUCAUGGAUGAAGGAUUGUGCACAGGGAACUCAAGGACCAAGCAAGCAUGAUUGCUCAGAUUUCGGGCAAAUGGAAGUGGGUGGUGGUUCUUUCUCUACCCCCUUCAUCGCCAAAACUCGGGACUAUAUCUUCAGUGAUGGAUUGCCUGCAACCACUUGUAGCAAAGAGGGAAACUCACCUGCAUUCACCUGCAGAACAUCAUUUACGUCUUUCCCAGUUGACAAUACCACACCUUGUUCAAUAUCUGUAGGUUUUUCCUUCAGCAGCUGCUGCGAAUCAAAUGCAACAGAAUUCUCAUCUCCAGUUCCCUCGAUGCCAAGCUUUACAUUCUUCAGUCCAUGUUCUGCAUUUAAGCAUGGCAAUGAAUCAUUGGGUUUUGAAGCCAAAAUAUCAACACGGGAUGCAAGGCAUGAAGAUUCAAGCUUGGGAAAGGCAUUUGUCUUAUCAGAUCCUACACUACCCAUUGAACACCAAUUAAGAGAAAUGGAGCAGAGGACAGAACUUCAGAGAGGAGAGACAAGUGGUUCUAAGGUUUCAUGCAUCCACAACAGAAGGAAUCAUACAAUUGGACUUGGUGAGCUUGAUCAGCUUGAUCUCAUAGUGUCCGAGUCAGUUAUCCGUUGGGCAUCUUGCACUCAUACUCCCAGUGCUCCAUCUCUUAGAUCAUCCCUUGUUUGCUAGAAGAGUUGAAAAGGGUACCGAAUGAACCAAGAAACUGCACUCAUAGGGGCUUGAUACAGUAUUUGGUAAAUCCGAGGAGCUGAACUCUGCUGUCUAGGCUUGCAUGGCUUGUUUGUGUGUUGUGUCGAGUGAUGAUGCUUUUCUGAUUUGGAAGGUCAUUAAUUUAUUAAUACAAGGAAUGUCUUUUAACAGUUAGUUGUAAUGGUUACUUGCAAUCAUGUUGUGAACUGGGAAAUUCUUGCAAUAUUUCAUAGUGCCAUAUUAGCUUGUUGGAGAA